AUGGCGGGCUUCGCACGGCUAAAUCUGGCCGGUCUAGCGGUGCUCGGCGGCGUGUCCGCUUUCCGCUUCCAGCUGCCGUUCUUCCAGGACCAGGCGCCGCUCGUCGAUGCCGGCGUCAACCCCAACACCAACACCAACAUCAAGCCGCUGAUCGACUCGGAAGCGCUGCAGGCCAGCAUUUCGAGUGACAAUCUCCUAGCACGCGCAAAGGAGCUUUACAAGAUUGCCAAGCUCGGGGAGGAUGAGUACAACCAUCCCACGCGCGUGAUCGGUAGUGAAGGCCAUCUUGGAACGGUUGCAUACAUCUACUCAAGCCUGGCUGAACUCGGCGACUACUACUCACUUUCUAACCAGUCUUUCCCCGCCGUAUCAGGCAAUGUGUUCGAGUCUCGCUUAGUCAUCGGCAAUGAUGUCCCGAAGACGGGAUCCCCGAUGAGCUUGACUCCUCCCACCAAGAACAAGGAGCCGGUCCACGGCGACUUGGUCUUUGUCGAGCAUGAUGGGUGUGACGCAUCGGACUACCCUGAGUCCGUCAGUGGAAACAUCGCUUUCAUCCGCCGUGGCACCUGCGCCUUCGGCACCAAGUCCGAGAAUGCUGGCAAGGCUGGUGCUAUUGCGGCCAUUGUCUACAACUACGAGACAGAUGAGGUACACGGCACUCUUGGCUCACCAUCCCCAGAUCAUGUUGCCACCUUCGGCCUUUCUGGAGAAGAGGCUGGACCAAUCCUCAAGAAGCUCAAAGACGGCGAGACUGUUGACGCCAUUGCUUACAUUGAUUCAAUCGUUGAGACGGUAGACACGACCAACAUUAUUGCCCAGACGGUCGAAGGUGAUCCCGACAACUGCGUGAUGCUUGGUGGACACAGCGACAGCGUAGCUGAGGGCCCCGGUAUCAACGAUGACGGCUCCGGCAGCCUGUCGCUUCUCGAGAUCGCCACUCAACUCACAAAGUUCAGCGUCAAAAACUGCGUCCGAUUUGCGUGGUGGGCCGGUGAGGAGGAAGGUCUUCUCGGCUCAGACUACUACGUUGAGGUCUUGCCCGAGGAGGAGAACUUGAAGAUCCGUCUCUUCAUGGACUACGACAUGCUUGGCAGCCCUAACUUCGCAUACCAGAUCUACAACGCGACCAACGCUGUAAACCCAACUGGCUCAGAGGAGCUUCGAGACUUGUACGUCUCAUGGUACGAGGAUCACGGGUUGAACUACACAUUCAUUCCCUUUGAUGGCCGCAGCGACUACGAUGCGUUUAUCCGCAACGGCAUUCCUGGAGGUGGUAUUGCUACUGGUGCCGAGGGUAUCAAGACGGACGAGGAGGUCGACAUGUUCGGAGGCAAUGCUGGGGACUGGUACGAUCCUUGCUAUCACCAGCUUUGCGACGAUGUCGGCAACGUCAACUUGACUGCAUGGGAGCUUAACACCAAGCUUGUUGCGCAUUCGGUUGCCACCUAUGCCCUCUCUUUCGAUGGCUUCCCCAAACGGGAGAAGGAUGCUGGCCUGGCUAGCGUCUACGAGCAGACAACGAAGUAUCACGGACGGAAGCUUUUCAUGUAA